AUGAACACGGAACUUUAUAACACUAUCAUAGCUAACAAUCACCCAGAUGAUGGACCACUUAAAAGAUUAUCACACCCAGUGAUCGGGUCGUGCAACAGUCUUGUGUGUUUCUAUGUUUACCACGACAACAUCCAAGAUCCUGUUUAUAUUAUAAAUCCAGAAACAGGUCAGUACAUUCAUCUCCCUCAAAAAUAUAUGCUUCCGGAGGAAUGUGUUGGACGAAUAAACGUGUUAGGAGGUUUCGGCUACUGUCGAAGUUCUGAUCAAUACAAGGUUGUUCGAAUUGACCCUGACGGAAAAUUGGAAGUCAACACUCUCGGCGAUAAGAUGGGAUGGAGAAAUGUUGAACAUAUUUAUGUAUGUUUUUGUGGAGGUGAAUCCGGUGUAUAUGCGAAUGGGUGUAUUUUUUGGCUGGUCUACAAGGACACAAUUAAGGAAUUAUUGUCUUUCAAUUUGAGGAGUGAGACAUUCAGCACACAUUCAUUACCGCCCAAUCAUAUACCUGGGGGUAAUGUCCCUGUGGAUCAAUUCCCAGCCGUUGGGAUGAUGUUGUUUUGGGUUACUCUCUUCGUGUACAACAUGCAUAGUCAGCAAGAAAACCGUAUAUAUUUCUGGACGCUAGACGAGAAUAACAAGGAUUUAUCCACACCUGCCGAUGAACCCGGACAUUUGAUUUGGAGACGCCGGUUUAGCAUUAACUUACCAAAGCAAAAUAAUGAUUGGCUAACUUAUAACCCGAUUGCUCUGGGUAAUAACAACGACGUCCUGUUAUGGGACAAUUGA